AGUCUCUCUUGAAUCAAGCGCCGCACAGACGUGCAUUCCGCCCGGGAGGAAGCAUCGCGGGCCGCCGCAAGGGAGGGACCGAAGCAACAGCGACAGGACCACCGGGUGGUGGUGCUGGUGGUGUUGGUGGUGUUGGCCGGGUCGGACGCGCCGUUUAUCUGUCGACCCUGAGGCGGCUGGCUCUUCAGCCGAAGCUCGGUAUCGAAAGCGUGAAUGAGGUUGAUGCUGCUCUGCUGCACCUGGAAGGACGAACGCAUGGGAGAGGAGGAAGCCGGAGGACGUUUGCCCGUGUGCGCGGGAUGCAAACAGAGGAUCUACGAUGAGCAGUACCUCCAGGCCCUCAGCUGUGACUGGCACACCGUCUGCUUCAGGUGCUGUGAGUGCAGCGCUUCGCUGUCCCACUGGUACUACGAAAAAGAUGGACGACUCUACUGCAAGAAGGACUACUGGGUCAAAUUUGGGGAGCUGUGCCACGGCUGCAACGACCCGAUCACCACCGGCCUCAUCAUGGUCGCAGGGGAACAGAAAUAUCACCCAGAGUGCUUCACCUGUCUGAACUGCCGGACAUUCAUCGGGGAUGGCGACACAUACGCUCUGGUGGAGAGAUCCAAACUGUACUGCGGCCACUGUUACUACCAGACCAUUGUCACGUCGCUGUCCCUGCCGGACACGCCGUGCCCGCGGAUCCCUCACACGGUCACACUGGUGUCCAUCCCGGCAUCCGCCGAGGGCAACAACGGGCGCAGGGGACGAGGUUUCUCCGUGGCCAUCGACCAGCCGCUGAGCCCGAUCAACGGCUACAGCCCCGAGCACGGAGCCACUGUCAGAGUCUCCCAGGUGGAACCAGACUGCAUCAGUCCAGAUGUGAAAAACUCCAUCCAUGUUGGGGACAGGAUCCUUGAAAUCAACGGGACGCCCAUACACAACGUCCCCCUGGAUGAGAUCGACCUGCUCAUCCAGGAGACCAGUCGCCGGCUGCAGCUCACCAUCGAGCACGACCCCCACAGCCUGGAGGGAGGCCCCUCGGAGGCCGAGGAGCAAGUGGAGCAAGUGUCCCCCCCGCUGUCAGGGGGCCCCAUCCUGCCCGUCACACAGCCCCCCAACCCCGACAUCAACAACCUUAGAUCCCGUAUCAUCACACGGAGCUACAGCAUCGAUAAGUCACCGGGCUCCAGCAACGCAGCGUCCCCCAUCUCCCAGAGGAAGGACAUCAAUCGAUCAGAGUCCCUCCGCGUGGUGUCCAAUCAGACGCACCGCAUCUUCCGCCCGUCUGACCUCAUCCACGGAGAGGUGCUCGGGAAGGGCUGCUUCGGACAGGCCAUCAAGGUGACCCACAAGGAAACCGGGGAGGUGAUGGUGAUGAAAGAGUUGAUCCGCUUCGAUGACGAGACUCAGAGAACAUUCCUCAAAGAGGUAAAGGUCAUGCGUUGCCUGGAUCACCCCAACGUGCUCAAAUUCAUCGGAGUCCUCUACAAGGACAAGAGGCUCAACUUCAUCGCAGAGUACAUAAAGGGAGGCACCUUGAGAGAAAUCAUCAAGAAAAUGGACAGCAACUAUCCCUGGAAACGGCGGGUCAGCUUUGCCAAGGACAUAGCUGCUGGGAUGACAUAUCUGCAUUCCAUGAACAUAAUCCACCGGGACCUGAACUCCCACAACUGUCUCGUCCGGGAGAACAACACGGUGGUGGUGGCAGACUUCGGGCUGUCGCGGCUCAUGGUGGACGACAAGCACGAGGAGAAGUUGCCGCAGGGUAAGCUGCCCGGCCUCAAGAAGCACGACCGCAGGAAGCGGUACACCGUGGUGGGAAACCCUUACUGGAUGGCUCCUGAGAUGAUCCACGGGAAGAGCUACGAUGAGAGAGUGGACAUCUUCUCCUUUGGGAUAAUGCUCUGCGAGAUAAUUGGCAGGGUGAACGCGGACCCGGACUACCUCCCCAGGGCGAUGGACUUCGGACUGAACGUGUCUGGGUUCCUGGAGCACUUCUGUCCUCCUGACUGCCCCCCUGCCUACUUCCCCAUGGCCGCUGUGUGCUGUGACCUCGACGCCGACAAACGGCCGGCUUUCUCCAAACUUGACGAGUGGCUUGAGAACCUGAAGAUGCACCUGGACAUGGGUUUACCGCUGGUGUCCGAAGUGGAGCAGCUGCACAAGACCUUCUGGAAGAACCACAGCAUCGCGCGGCCCGAAAACGGUCUGCACGCCCACCCCGAACAGCUGGAGUAAGGCCUGACGCGAGCCGAGGAGUGGGUUAGUCGGAGAUACCCCGCCCCCCCCCCCCCCC